ACUGAGCUCGCUAGUUCAUUGAGGUCUUUUGAAGUGUUUGGUGGUGUGUCACGAGCAACGCCCAACGAAAUCGCGAACCAGGACUAGAGAGAAAUAACCGGCAUUCAAGUGCCCCACAGUGCCACAGUGGAAAUACAGAAUACUUUUGAUUUGUGUUAGUUUUUAGAAUACCUGCGAUAUUGUUCAAAAUGAAUAGAAUAUUAGCAGCUUGUUUGUUACUGACUGCAAGUGCUUAUGCACAGCAGUUCAAAUGCCCAGUAAAGGAUGGCCAAUAUGAAGAUCCAGUUCAAUGUGAUAAGUUCUAUGAGUGCUAUGAUGGUCGUGCCACUGAAAAACUAUGUCCAGAUGGACUAGUAUUCGAUCCAACGAUUCGAAAAAUCAACAAGUGCGAUCAGCCCUUCAACGUGGAUUGCGGAGACCGAUUAGAAUUGCAACCACCCAAAGGCAAAAAUCUUUGUCCCCGCAGAAAUGGAUUCUUUGCUCACCCAGAUCCUGCAGUGUGCAACGUUUUCUAUAAUUGCAUUGAAGGUGAAGCUAACGAGAUUACUUGCACGUCUGGACUGCACUUCGACGAGUACACAGGCACCUGUGUAUGGCCAAAUGAUGCAGGUCGCCAAGGAUGCAAUCCUGGAACUAAUAAGAAGCUAAAAGAUGGUUUCACCUGUCCAAAGGAUCAAAAGACUGACGAAUCUGGCCAGAGCGUAGCGCAUCCGAAGUACGCACACCCGACUGACUGCCAAAGGUUCUACGUUUGUUUGAACGGUGUUGAACCACGCGAUCUUGGAUGCCAAGUUGGCGAGGUGUACAACGAAGAAACUGAGCGAUGCGAUGCUCCAGAAAAUGUGCCUGGAUGCGAGGACUGGUAUAAAGACAGCGAGGAGAAGAAGCAUUAGACUGCAUCGUCAAUCCAAAACAUUCGAACACUCACUAUCAUUGAUCAUUCAUAAGACUACAUGUUGUUAGACAUAUUUGGAUAUAGUUAGCUUAUAAAAAAAUUUCUAAAUCGUGUCGAUAUUGCGGGACAAACAGAAAAAUAGUCUGAAGCAUGAAGAUAUUCCGUAUAUGGACAAACUGUUCACAUAAGAUUGAUUUAUUCAAAAUAUGUUCUUAAAUAAGAUGAAAAACUUUUAUAAAAAAAUAAAAAUUUGGAAAAAAAAUUCACCACAAAUCAAAA